UCUUUGAGCGCUAACAUAGAUCAGGAACAGACAGCACUGAAGCUACAUGGCUGAAAAGACAAAUUCUGUUUCAUACUACAUUGCAUGGUGGGACAAUAAAUAUCUACCACAAUUUUUCUUCUUCUCUUUCUACAUAAAAUUCCCAGAGGAAAAUGACAGCAGGAAAUCAUUCCACAGUGACUGAGUUCAUCCUUGCUGGGUUAACAGAGAGCCCAGAACUCCAGCUGCCCCUUUUCUUCCUCUUCCUAGGAGUCUAUGUGGUCACGGUGGUGGGGAACCUGGCCAUGAUCACACUGAUAGGGCUCAGUGCUCACCUGCACACCCCCAUGUACUAUUUCCUCAGCAAUUUGUCCUUCAUUGAUCUCUGCCAUUCCACUGUCAUUACCCCUAAAAUGCUAGUGAACUUUGUAACAGAGAGGAAUUUCAUCUCCUACCAAGCAUGCAUGACUCAACUCUACUUCUUCCUUGUUUUUGUUAUAUCAGAAUGUCAUAUGUUGGCUAUAAUGGCGUAUGAUCGCUAUGUUGCCAUCUGUAACCCAUUGCUUUACAAUGUCACCAUGUCUUAUCAGGUUUGCUCCCGGCUGGUAGUUGGGGUGUAUAUCAUGGGCUUGACUGGUGCCUCAGCUCACACAGGCUGCAUGCUAAGAGUGCUUUUCUGUAAGGCUGACAGAAUCAACCAUUACUUCUGUGAUCUUUUCCCACUGUUGGAGCUCUCCUGCUCCAGUACUUAUAUCAACGAGGUGGUAGUUUUGUGCUUCAGUGCAUUUAAUAUCCUCGCCCCCAGCCUCAUGAUUCUUAGCUCCUACAUCUUCAUCAUUGCCAGCAUCCUCCGCAUCCGCUCCACCGAAGGUAGGUGCAAAGCCUUCAGCACCUGCAGCUCCCACAUCUCAGCUGUUGCCGUUUUCUUUGGAUCCGCUGCGUUCAUGUACCUGCAGCCAUCAUCUGUGAGCUCCAUGAACCAAGGGAAAGUGUCUUCCGUGUUUUACACCAUUAUUGUGCCUAUGCUGAACCCCCUGAUCUACAGCCUGAGGAAUAAAGAUGUCAGAGUUGUCCUGAAUAAGAUCCUUGAAAAAAGAAGGAAAUGGGUAUUUUGCUUGAGAAAAGCUUUGUAAUUCUCGGAGAGGGUUUGAUAAGGAAA